GAAGUUAUCUGGACUCAAAAGUCAUUGCACUUUCCUGGAAGCUGCAGCAUUUUUCACACCUUGAAACCCUAGGAAGCCCACAAAAUGUGUGAUGCCUUUUUGGGCACCUGGAAACUUGUCUCCAGUGAAAACUUUGAUGAUUACAUGAAAGAAGUGGGAGUGGGCUUUGCCACAAGGAAAGUGGCUGGCAUGGCUAAACCCAACAUGACCAUCAGUAGGAACGGGGAUAUGAUCACCAUUAAAUCAGAAAGCACCUUUAAAACUACUGAGAUUACCUUCAAACUGGACCAGGAAUUUGAUGAAGUCACUGCAGAUGACAGGAAAGUCAAGAGCAUCAUAACCUUAGAUGGAGAUACCCUGGUACAGGUGCAGAAGUGGGAUGGAAAAUCAACCACUAUAAAGAGAAAACGAGUGGAUGACAAACUGGUGGUGGAAUGUACCGUGAAAGGAGUCACUUCCACCAGAGUUUAUGAGAGGGCAUAAGCCAAGAGACAUUGAGCUGGACUGAAGUUUGCAUCGAACUCUAAGACAUUCUUUUGGAUAUAUUGGUCAAACAUGUGUUGUUAUUUUCUACUAAUUUGCAAAAAACUGAUUGCCUACUGAACAGAGUUUAUUCAAUGUGGUUGUGUUGGUUAAAUAAAACUUUUUAGAUUUAGAA